UGACAAUACUGUGAACCUCCCAAGAAGUUGCUACAAUUGUUUGGCAUGAUGAUCGCGACAUGGCCGGCAUGGCUGGCGCUGUCGCUUGUAAGCGGCCUGGUAGUGCCCCCGAGGGUAUACCAAUGCAAAGACAACCUGUGUGUCCAGGAGGCUAUCGCGUUCACAGCAAACGGCACGUCGCUAUCCAUCUGCGAGCUCACGUGCGGGGAUGGGAGUUUGUGGCCAAAGCCGACAAAGCACCAAGACGUCGGUCGGUCCGUGCAACCGAUCUCGAUCGCUUCCAUCACCCACUCGGUUACCUUCCUCGACCAUACAAACUACAACAGUGCUCUCGCUCCGGCAAUGCAAGCCGUCUUCCAUGACGUUCUCGAGACCAAAGCCAACGAAUGCACGACGCCUGACACCGUGCCAGAAUUCUUCCCCGUCUCGAUCUCGGCAACUAUCACAACGGCCGACGAGCGCCUCCGCGUGGAUACGAAUGAAUCGUACACGUUGCAGGUCAACAUGACGGUGUCCCCGCAUGUGUCGAUCACGGCAACGACUGUGUACGGCUACCGGCACGCAUUGACGACGCUCAGUCAGCUCAUGGAGUACGACGAGUUGUCGCAUACGAUGCAGAUCGUCGAGACGGCGUCCAUCCGCGACGCUCCGGCGUUCCCCCAUCGUGGGAUUACGCUGGACACGAGCCGCAACUUUUACUCGAUUGGCGCGAUCAAGCGCGUGCUGGACGGGAUGGGGAUGAACAAGUUGAACACGUUUCACUGGCAUGUCACUGACACCAACAGCUUCCCCAUUGAAAUCAUCGGCGAGCCUAGACUCACGGCGUAUGGAGCGUACAGCGCCAGGCAGGUCUACACCCAGGCCGACAUUCGCGAGCUCGUGCAGUAUGCAAAAGUGCGCGGAAUUCGAGUGAUUCCCGAGCUCGAUGCCCCGGCGCACGUCGGGGCAGGGUGGCAAUGGGGCCCGGAUGCUGGCUUGGGCGACCUUGUCGUAUGCUUUGACCACUUGCCUUGGCAAGCGGCGUGCGUGCAGCCACCGUGUGGCCAACUGAACCCGAUGAACCCGGAGGUUUACUCCAUUCUAGACACGGUUUACGCCGAGUUUGCGACGCUGUUUGAUGCGGAUGUGCUCCACAUGGGCGGCGACGAAGUGCAUGUGGGGUGCUGGAACAUGACGGACGCCAUCACGCAAGGCAUGCCAUCGCGAGAAUCCACCGAUUUUGUCAACGUGUGGGGGCAGUUCCAAGUGAAAGCGGCGCAAUUGGCGAUGGCCCACGCGACGAACCGCAAGAUCAUGCUCUGGACGAGCGAUCUGACCCACACGAGCGUCAUCCAGCGAUAUCUACCUCCCGGUCAGUACGUAAUUCAAAACUGGGACGCCACCACGACCAACUCGACGGCGACCAUUGCCGCACUUGGAUACCACGUCGUGCUGUCCAACUACGACAAGUGGUACCUCGAUUGUGGACACGGCAACUGGCUCACCAACGGCACGAGCUGGUGCGAUCCGCUCAAGUCGUGGCAAGUUCUUUACGACGUUGACAUGCAUGCCGAUCUCCCCCCGGAACUGCACCAGUUUGUGCUUGGCGGCGAAGCCGCGCUCUGGUCUGAGCUCGCCGACGAACACUCGGCUGAAGUCAAGUUGUGGCCUCGAUCCGCUGCAUCCGCCGAACGGCUUUGGACAAACCCAUCCACGUCGUGGAAGGAAGCGUACGGUCGCCUGCAGCGCCAGCGCAAUCGUAUGAUGCAAGCUGGUCUCCAUGCCGACGCCAUGCAACCGCAGUGGUGCCAAGACCAUCCGUCUCGAUGCACGUUGCUCUAACGCAACAAAGUCAUACGAAAUGCACUUUCAUGUUUCGCACACACACACUGCUCUGGUCGCACGUGGCUCGAACGGGGAUUCAAAUUCGUUGGACAUGCAGCUGCUUUGGUGAGCAACUCACAACUCAAAGAAGCACCGGAAUGCCCCGCCAUUUGCCGUCGCGUUGAAUCUGCAUGUCGCUCUCGUCCAUGGCACCAAACCGAGUGGACAGUCGUUCGACAUUGCUCAGCAACUCGUGUGCGUUGAAUCGGU